AUGGAUGACCUGUCCGGUCUCGAUUGGUCCAAGCCCAGCGGUGGGCAGCCGCUCAAAGGGGCACCCAUGGCUAGUAACAUGGCCUACCCUUCGCUGCGACCGAGCCCCUCGCCCUUUACGUCGGGACGCAACACCCCCGCGUCCACACAGGGCACGGGGAGCAGCACCUUUGCGAAGCCGCACCAACUACAGCAGCAGCAGCAACAACAGCCCAAGGCCGCCCAAGAUAGCUUCAGCAGCCUGGCGCGCUUCGGCCCCGCCAAGACGUCCCAGAACCUGAGCCUCGCCGAGCGCCAGGCGCAGCUCGAGGCCGAGAAGCGUAGAAAGGAGGAGGACAGGCGGAAGCUGACCGAGGCGCAGUUUGGGAACGGGCAGCAAUGGGACAUGCUCGGAGCGCGCGGCCAGACCUCGAGUCCUGGACUACAACCGUCGCCGGUCGCGGCGCAGAGCUCCGGCAACGACGACGACGACGACCUCUUUGCAGCUUUCAACAAGGACACCAAAGUCGAUAACGCGAGCCACUUCCCGCCACCGGAGAAGAAGGCCACUCCGCCGAUUGCUGAAAAGAAGCCCCUCGACCUCUCCAACCCCAGUGCCUGGAGCGCCUCGGGGUCAGACACCGCGGCGUUUCCGGCCAACGACGACGAUCCGUUUGGCCUCAGCGAAUUCGAGGCCAACGCUGCUCCUUCGGCGGCGAUACCACAAAACACAAUGCUGAUAAACGAUGAUGACGAUUUCCUGGGCGACCUGGGACGGCCGGUGGAGGAGGUGCGCGCCAAACAGCAGGUGGCUCCGCAGCGCGGCGAGCCGGGCAAACCGAUUGAGGAUGACGACUCGAGCUCUUCCGACGAAGCAGACCUGCCUCGACAACCACGAAAGGAUACCCGCCGAGCUCAAAAUGGCAGCGACGCCGCGUUUGACGGCGCUCUAGCCCAGCUUGUCGACUAUGGCUUCGCGCCCGAUGACGCGCGCCGCGCCUUAGUCGAGAGCGGCGCCGGCACCAACGUCGAGCAGGCGGCCAACUGGCUCCUCGAUGAGGCGCACCGGAAAUCCAAAGCAAAGGUGCAGGGACGACCCUCGUCGAACAACUCGAACCGAUCGGAGCGCCGGGAGCAGACACCCGCGGGCGGCCGAGGCGAGCCCGACUUUGCCAAGUCGGCAGCGGCGGUGGGCAGCAGCAUAUUCAAGACGGCCAACUCGUUGUGGAAGACGAGUCAGAAGAAGGUGCAGCAGGCCGUGGCCGACUUCCAGCAAGAGGGUGGUGGUGGUGACCCCAGCCAGCCCAAGUGGAUGCGCGAUGCCCAGGUAAACCAGGCCCGCGGGCCUACGAGGGCGGAGGUCAACGCCACUGAUGAGGCGAUGAUGCUGGAAUCGGGUGGGCGACCGAGACAAGCCAAGGAAAAGGGCCGUCGAGAGACGCCGGACCCUGCCAGAAGCGCCUCACCCGCGACGUCGUCUGCCGGCCAGAGCCGGAGCGGCUCUGUGCCGAGGUGGCAGCAACAACAAGCGGCCCCUCCUCUGGUGCCGAAUGCGCGGUCGCGGCUCAAUCGCUUCGCAGAUGACAACGAUACAUUUGCCAUUAGUUCGAGCAGAAGACGCAAGCCAGCGUCUCCAGCGGAGCCGGCCAAAACAGAGCCUGAACCGGAUCUGCUGUUCGGCUCUGAAGCGCCCAGGCAACCGAACCGUUCUACCCCUCCGCCGCCUCGAGCCGCACCCAUUGCGACGAAACCGCAACCCAAACCGAUUCCCGUGCGCAGAGCGACACCAAGGCCCGCCCGCCAAAUACCCCCCAUCACGCCUUCGGCCGUGCAAACUUCUACAAGGCAUCGCCUCGAGGGAACUGCACAUUUCAAGCGCGGAGACUUUGCGCAGGCGCAUGCAUCAUACUCUUCCUCUCUCGCUGCCGUGCCGUCUACACAUCCGCUCGCCAUCAUUCUCCUCACAAAUCGAGCACUGACCGCUUUGAAAACGGGUGAGCCGAAGCAAGCCGUGGUGGAUGCCGACACCGCCAUUGGCAUCAUUGGGCCCGGUAGCGGCCAGGGUGAGACGGUGGCGGUAACUGGCGAUGCCGGCCAAGAAGAACACCGCGAUAUGCGCGACCUCUACGGCAAGGCGCUUAGCCGCAAGGCCGAAGCCCUCGAACAGAUGGAGAAGUGGGCGGAUGCCCUCACCGUGUGGAAGCUGGCGGUGGAAGCAGGCCUCGGCGGUGCCACAGCCGUCACGGGCCGCCAGCGAUGCCAGACUGCUCUCGCGCCCAAGCCCAAGGUGUCGGCGCCGGCGCCCAAGCCACCACAACGUCCGGCUGCCGCCAGCCUGCAGCCCCAAAAGGACUCAGCAGCCGUCACGCGACUGCGCGAGGCCAGCGAGGCCGCGGCCAGGGAAGACGAUGCCAAGUUUGCGCUCUCGGAGCAGGUGGACGCCAAGAUGGCGGCGUGGCGCGACGGCAAGCGCGAUAACCUCCGUGGACUGAUUGCGAGCCUGGAUCAGGUGCUCUGGGCGGACAGCGGAUGGCAAAAGGUCGGCAUGCACGAGCUCGUCAUGGCGAACAAGGUCAAGAUUUCGUACAUGAAGGCGAUUGCCAAGACGCACCCGGAUAAGAUUGCGCAAAGCGCCUCGACAGAAGUGCGGCUGAUUGCGGGAUUGGUGUUUAGCACGCUCAACGAGGCGUGGGACAAGUUCAAGGCAGAGAAUGGACUAUGA